GAGUAGACGAACGCACAGCCGAUCUAUACCCACCGAGUCUUCGACGUCGCGAGCAACGAAGCAGAGAUGGCGAGCGCGGCGGCAGCAGCGGUGCCGUUCUGGAGGGCCGCGGGGAUGACCUACAUAACCUACUCCAACAUCUGCGCCUCCCUCGUGCGGUCCUGCCUCAAGGAGCCCUACAAGUCCGAGACCUCUGGCCGGGAGAAGGUCCACUUCAACGUCACCAAGUGGGCCAACGGCAAGCCCGAGAAGCCCGCGGAGCACUCAUAUGCACUUCUGCCUUGGCUGAUUGCUGGCCCAGUGAAUAAAGCUUCUAUGUUGCUACAAAUGCAAACUAAUGCCUACCUUGCUGGGAUGUGUGAUUCAGUGGUUGUCUACUUUGUGUGUUCCUUCACCUGCACACAGAUGUUUGAUAUGCACACAGUUCACUAUCGGAAGUAUCUUAGAAUGUCCUAACCUUUGGUGUGAUGAAUAACAUUGCUUUAAACAGGAGUUGACGGUAUGCUUCUUUGCGUAGGAUGGAGGUGACCGGAUCCGUUCGUCUGAACCGAGAUCCGCACCGUCGAUCAGAAGCUGCACGCAUUUGAAGAAACAGGAACGGCUCAUCGACGGUCCUGAAAAGAAGCCAAGAAAUAACAAGAGCCAAUGAAGCUGAAGUCAUCAAAAUAUCCUGCACCGAUUCCUACUCCGCUCUCAAAUCAAUCAUUUUAAACCGCUUUAUAAUAUCCCCCCCCUCCCCCUCUCUCUCCCCCGUAACCGCCUUUCGCCCCUUGCACGGUGAGCUAUCGCGAGUGGUGGGGAUAGGGAUUGGUCGAGAGAUCUCGAUAGGGAAGGAAGGAUGCUGCUAUCCAUGGAGUCUGUCGUCGCCCGCCCUUCUUCCGCCCCCCGCCUGAAGCCCCCUCUUCCCCUCCGCCACCUCCGCGGCCUCGGCUUCGGUGCAGGCCCCCUCAUCGUUCGAGGGCGGUGGCGGUCCCUCGAUUUGAGCGUCGCCGUGGCGCGGAACGGAGCCUUGUCGACCAAUUCUGCGCCGCAAAGCAAUGGUGUGUACACAGUGGGUGAUUUUAUGACCAAAAAGGAAGAUCUGUGUGUUGUGAAGCCUAGCACUUCGGUUGAUGAAGCACUGGAGUUAUUAGUUGAGAAUAGAAUUACUGGCUUUCCUGUCAUUGAUGACAACUGGAACUUGGUUGGUGUUGUUUCGGACUAUGAUUUGUUAGCUCUGGACUCUGUUUCAGGUAGUGGACGGGUUGAAACAAGCAUGUUUCCUGAGGUUGAUAGUACAUGGAAAACAUUUAAUGAAGUCCAGAAGCUGUUAGGUAAAACUAACGGUAAAGUUAUUGGUGAUGUGAUGACUUCUGCCCCUCUUGUGGUUCGUGAAACUACCAACCUCGAAGACGCUGCAAGGAUAUUACUUGCAACAAAAUAUCGCAGACUUCCAGUUGUCGACAGCGCUGGUAGAUUGGUAUUCCAUGUUGAAGGUUGGGAUCAUCACAAGAGGAAAUGUAGUCAGAGCAGCACUCCAAAUAAAGCAUGCAAAUGAAAGAAAUUCCCAAGUCUAGGAUGAAAUCACAAAGUUUGCAGUUACUUUUAACAAGAUCAUGAUGCAGCUGAUCACUUCAUUGCACUUACUAUCUCAACAUUUUUAGGAAGGUAUGCAAUAUGGUAGUCAUUGAAUAUGCUCUUUGAUGUAUGAAUAGACUACAGCCAUAAUAAUAUGACAAUGAAGUCUCAGCUAUUUACCAUAUUUAUGUUCUCUUAGACAACCUUCAACUACGUUAGUCUUUUCAUUAGUCCUAGUAAAAGAUGAAAUUUUGGCAAAUUUGAAUUGUGUUUGCUAUUGCCAACGAUGGUCAUAUGCUGAAGCAGUGUUUGUAACCUAUGUAUUAAGUUAUGCUUAUUGAUUUCCAUAUGCCAAAGGAAAUACCCUAUUGCUGUA